AUAUACAGGAGGAGUGCCUAUGAGCUUCACCUUGGCGCGCUUCACUUUGGCGCGCUUCACUUGGCGCGCUCCGCCGUCCGUCACUCUAGAGUCCGCUCGGAAGCGACGGUCUCCGCCAAAAACAAUGGCCUUCUUAUUUCAACCCCCAAACAGAAUAAAUUUACUUCAACUCCCAUCCCCACAGCUCAAAACAAGGCAAGUGAAGAGCUGUUGGUGGUUGUUGGGGGUGGAGCAGCUGGGGUUUAUGGAGCAAUUAGAGCUAAAACCCUAGCUCCUAAUCUCAAUGUAGUCAUCAUUGAGAAAGGAAGACCUUUAUCCAAGGUAAAAAUUUCUGGAGGAGGCCGAUGCAAUGUGACGAAUGGGCAUUGUGUCGAUACUAUGGUUUUGGCAGAAAAUUACCCUAGGGGUCAUAAAGAAUUGAAGGGAGCGUUCUUCAAUACGCACGGGCCAGCGGAUACCAUGUCCUGGUUUUCUGAUCAAGGGGUUGAGCUGAAGACUGAGGAUGAUGGAAGGGUAUUUCCUGUCAGCAACAGUUCGUCUACGAUAAUUGAUUGUCUCAUGUCUGAAUCGACACGGUUGGGAGUUUCUCUUCAGACUGGAAAAGCUGUGGUAACUGCAUCUUCUACUGAUGGAGGGAAAUUCCUUUUGGGGGUUGAAAAUCGUACAUUCAGUUCUCCCGAAUAUGUUGAAGCUGAUUAUCUUUUGAUUGCCAGUGGUAAUAGCAAGCAGGGUUACAGUCUUGCAUCUCAGCUUGGUCAUUCAAUUGUAGAUCCAGUACCAAGCUUAUUUACUUUCAAGAUUGAAGAUCCACAGUUGAGAGACUUGUCGGGGAUUACAUUCCCUAAAGUUAAGGCAACACUGAAAAUAGAGAAUGCCCGGAGGAAUAUACCACAGCUUACACAGGUUGGACCUGUACUAGUCACACACUGGGGAUUUAGUGGGCCUGCAAUUCUUCGGUUAUCUGCUUGGGGUGCCUGUGUUUUAGCUGGUUCAGGAUACAAAGGGAAUCUUAUUUUAGACUUCGCACCUGACGUGCAUAUAGAAGAUCUGAAGUCAAUCGUCACACAACACAAAAAUAAGUUUGCGAAGCAUAAACUCUCCAAUUCAUAUCCUUCAGAAUUUGGCCUUGUGAAGAGAUUUUGGAUAUAUUUAUUGGGCCGCCAGGAAUUACAUGACGAUACCUUGUGGGCUUCCAUUUCAAAGAACUCAUUAAUUUCUCUUGCGCAUAUGUUAAAGAAUUGUAACUUUUAUGUUACCGGAAAGAGUCAAUAUAAGGAUGAAUUUGUCACUGCCGGCGGUGUUCCACUUUCUGAGAUAUCGCUGAAUACGAUGGAAAGCAAAAUCCAGUCGCGUCUAUUCUUUGCUGGAGAGGUACUGAACGUUGAUGGCAUCACUGGUGGUUUCAAUUUUCAGAAUGCUUGGUCUGGUGGAUACAUUGCAGGAACUAGCAUAGGUAAACGGGCGGUUAGCAGUUAAGUAAUUACCUUCGCGACGGAACUUGAUGGUCCAGAUGAAGAGGCUGUCGGUGAUGGCGGUAGACCUAAUUAAAACGUGAAAGUUUCCCCUUGUUUUUUUUUUCCUUACCUAACAAUUUCGAUAGUCAGUCUGAUCUGAGUCAUGAACAAAUAUGUCUGCGUUGAUUUAGCAGACAAACUUUAUGUGCUUCCACUGUACAAAGUGCUUUUUCUUUCUCUAUUUUUUACUUUUUUUUGGUCGAAGCUUUUCUUUAAAGUGGCUUUUUAUGUGUUUGAAAGGAGAAAGUUUUGGAUGUGUUGGAAAUAUGAUUCUGUAUUUUUUUAAGUAUCCAAACACUUAAUGUAUCGAGAAGUAUUUUCGGCA